CCAAAGAGCUGGCACAGAAUGAUGGGCUGCAUGGUCUCCUUCGAUGCUAGAUCAUUCUCUGAUUCUACGUUGACCCAUACAGCCUUUGAAAAAGCUCCUGAAAAUAUUGUACCAAUCUUCCAUAACAAUUAAUGUGUGAACGCGGAUUCAUAACGCUUGAAACAUGAGACUUCAUCAUCGGUCAGGAGGAACUCCAGAAACAGGGGAACAAAAGGAAUAACCUCGAGGCUCCUACUCCUGGCAGGUAUGAUGGGCAUGCAGCAAGGGUGUUUGUGAAGUGACACAGCCACAUAUACAGUUUUCCAUCUCAUGUUCUCAAUGAUCCUGGGAUGGAUUUCUGAACUACAAGGCACUUUGCUGAAAUCUUUCAUCUGUGGCUGAUGCCUUGCCGGAAAGAGACUGUCACGGGAAAGGACCGGAAAGAAGUGGAGGACAUCAGCAGCAGCCGAGGUGGCGAUGCCAGUGGAGAGAAUGCGUAUGCGUCCAUGGCUGGAAGAACAAAUAAAUUCAAAUAAAAUCCCUGGUUUGAAAUGGCUAAACAAGGAGAAGAAGAUUUUUCAGAUUCCGUGGAUGCAUGCUGCUCGACAUGGAUGGGAUGUAGAGAAAGAUGCCCCUUUAUUUAAAAACUGGGCAGUUCAUACAGGAAAAUACCAUCAUGGUGUGGACAAGCCUGAUCCCAAGACAUGGAAGGCCAAUUUCCGCUGUGCCAUGAACUCAUUACCUGACAUAGAAGAAGUAAAGGACAAGAGUAUCAAAAAGGGGAGUAAUGCAUACAGGGUGUACAGAAUGCUACCAGCCACUGAAAAGCCAAAUAAAAAAGGCAAGAAAUCGAAAGUGGAAAAGGAAGAAACAAGCAAGCCAGCCAAGUGGAAAGCACCAAAUUUUCCUUUUGAAGAAAAUCAUGUGCUGAUAAACAGUGAUGGUCUCUACACAAACUCCAAUACUGUGAACAAAGAGGAUGCAGAAGUUCACAGCACUGUGGGCAGCCAUGUAGAGCUUGAGUAUUCUCCAAGUCACAGUGCAUUAGAAGAACCCAUGAUUGUCAGCAAUCCUCCAGAUGUCUGCCAAGUGAUAGAAGUGACCACAGAAUGUGAGGACCAGCCUAUCAGCACAAGCCAGCUGUACCCAUUACAGAUCUCCCCAGUCUCCUCUUAUGCAGUAGAAAGUGAAACGGAUAGCGUUGGAACUGAUGAAGAACCUGAUGAGGUGACCGAAAACACAAACCAAGAUCAAUCACAAUGGCAGCAGAGCAACAUCGAAGGGAAGGAGUUUCUGAGUAACGUGGGAAUGAACACUGUAUUUUCCCCACCCACCGUGCCUGUUGCGACAUCCAGCAACUUCAGUCUCAAAUUUCUAAACAAUGGAUGUGAGCCAGCACUCAUUUACACAACUGCCACUUGCACCAACCUAUCCGUCAGCAUCUCUACGUCGCCUGUACCAUCGCAGCAAGUUUCUUUAAAACACCGUGCAGCUGAAAACCGUGCGAGUGUCAUCAUGAAGACAUCAGACUUAACCAGAGGCAAGAAUUGAUGAAUUUUUUUGGAAUAAUGCCUCCUUGUUCUGGUGAAGUCUUUACUGGGCUAAGCUGCACUGUACCAUAGAUGGACCUCGGUUGACUAAAUAUAUAUAUAUAUAUAUAUAUAUCUAUAUAACUUAAAAGAAAAUGUGCUGCAGAACUGGAAAUCACCUGGUUCCCUUUGCCUCAACUGCCAUCUCCAGUUCAUGAAUUUUAACUCAGGACAUUAUUAUGAACGAUUUUUUUUUGUUUCGAUUUUCCUGUUGCACUUAACCGUUUUUCUAAAGACAGCAAAAGGCUGGGCUUAAAGCCUUGGCCAGGAAUGCGCGUAUGAGCACUCGAGACAGGACCAAUACGAUACAACUUCAAACUCUACGUGCCUAUCGAACCCGGCUGCAGCAGGGGAAAAAAAUGUGAACUGCUUUGACAAUUGAGUAAAUUUUUAUAUCCUUUGAAUGUGCAUAUGUAUAUAACGCAGGAAGAAUUGAAUUUUACUGCUUUUUGCACCUUAAAUCUAGUCUAGCACUUACCGCUGUCACGUUGCUGGCGAAUACAUGCAUUUAGAACUGAAAAGAUUCCUGUGGUUUGGAGUUUAUGGCCUGAUCUAAUGCCUGCUUUCACUGGUUUCUUUUGCUCAAGCACAAAAUUACAGUAAGUAGUGUGCAAAAAAGAAAUGGUCUUGAUAAAAAGGACUGGCUUUUAUCUUUUUAUAAAGCAAGCUUUUUUUAUCAUAUGUAAAGGGAUUAUUUUAUUCAGGGUAAUUGACUUCUGAAGUGAACAUAAAUCUUAAACUUUUUUACCAAAAUAAAUUUUGCUGUUUGUCUUUGUUUAUCAAUAUAAACAUCUGUGGUAAAUUGGUAAUUUUUUUUUUACAAAUUUGUAGCAGUUAUAAACUAUUCAAUAAAAUGUAGCCUCUACAUCACUGACUAGAA